CCUCCUUCUCCUCCUCCUCAGUCUAAGUGAUCACAAAAGAAAUCUCCGAUCCCGAGGCGGUGGCAUUUUUUUAAAAAGCAAUCACACUGGAGAGAAAGAAAAAAGAAACAAACAAACAACAAACAAACAAAAACAAAACAAAACCCAGGCACCAAUCAGCUAGGACAUUUUUUCCACUCUGCCUGAAAACAAACAAACAGCCAUCAAAAACAGUCAUCAGCAACAGCAUCAAAACUGUUAGCGUAGCAGCGGCGGCCACCGUCACCCUGUGGCCACGACGUCUGCCUAAAGGGAUGCUUCUCUCGGCGGAGCAGCUCUUUGCCGGCUGCCUUCUUCCCUCGUGCUGAGCGGGAUUUUUGGGUUCUCUGGGGUUCGGGCUGGGAGCUUCAUGACUACGCGGAGCAGGACAGCGGCCACACCAUGCGAGCACAAAUUGAAGUGAUACCAUGCAAAAUUUGUGGCGAUAAAUCCUCUGGGAUCCACUACGGAGUCAUCACAUGUGAAGGCUGCAAGGGAUUCUUCAGGAGGAGCCAGCAGAACAAUGCCUCUUACUCCUGCCCAAGGCAGCGAAACUGUUUAAUUGACAGAACGAACAGGAACCGUUGCCAGCACUGCCGACUGCAGAAGUGUCUUGCCCUAGGAAUGUCGAGAGAUGCUGUGAAGUUCGGGAGGAUGUCCAAGAAGCAGCGGGACAGCCUGUACGCUGAGGUGCAGAAGCAUCAGCAGCGGCUGCAGGAGCAGCGCCAGCAGCAGAGCGGGGAGGCGGAGGCCCUUGCCAGGGUGUACAGCAACAGCAUCAGCAAUGGCCUCAGUAACCUGAACACCGACACCGGCAGCACAUACGCCAAUGGGCACGUCAUUGACCUGCCCAAGUCCGAGGGUUAUUACAACAUAGAUUCUGGUCAGCCGUCUCCCGAUCAGUCAGGACUGGACAUGACUGGAAUCAAACAGAUAAAGCAAGAACCUAUCUAUGACCUCACAUCCGUACCCAACUUGUUUACCUAUAGCUCUUUCAACAACGGGCAGUUAGCUCCAGGGAUAACAAUGACUGAGAUCGAUCGAAUUGCACAAAACAUCAUUAAGUCCCACUUGGAGACAUGUCAGUACACAAUGGAAGAGCUACAUCAGCUGGCAUGGCAGACCCACACCUAUGAGGAAAUAAAAGCGUAUCAAAGCAAGUCCAGGGAGGCUCUGUGGCAGCAGUGUGCCAUCCAGAUCACCCAUGCCAUCCAGUACGUGGUGGAGUUCGCAAAGCGGAUCACAGGCUUCAUGGAGCUGUGUCAGAACGAUCAGAUCUUACUUCUGAAGUCAGGUUGCUUGGAAGUGGUUUUAGUGAGAAUGUGCCGUGCCUUCAAUCCACUAAACAACACUGUUCUGUUUGAAGGAAAAUAUGGAGGAAUGCAGAUGUUCAAAGCCUUAGGUUCUGAUGACCUGGUGAAUGAAGCCUUUGACUUUGCGAAGAAUCUGUGUUCCUUGCAGCUGACUGAGGAGGAGAUCGCUUUGUUCUCCUCUGCUGUUCUGAUAUCCCCAGACCGAGCCUGGCUUAUAGAACCAAGGAAAGUCCAGAAGCUUCAGGAAAAAAUCUAUUUUGCACUUCAACAUGUGAUUCAGAAGAAUCACCUGGAUGAUGAGACCCUGGCAAAGUUAAUAGCCAAGAUACCAACUAUCACGGCCGUGUGCAACUUGCAUGGGGAGAAGCUGCAGGUAUUUAAGCAAUCUCAUCCAGACAUAGUGAACACACUGUUUCCUCCAUUGUACAAGGAGCUCUUUAAUCCUGACUGUUCUGCGGUCUGCAAAUGAAGGAGACAAGAACUCUCAGCGUCAUGGAAUGCAUCGCCGUUAAGACAAAAGCAAUGUGUCCAUGGAGACUUAAGGAAAAUGUCACUACUGCAACAUUAGGAAUGUCCUGCACUUAAUAGAAUUAUUUUUCACCGCUACAGUUUGAAGAAUGUAAAUAUGCAUCUGAGUGGGGCUCUUUUGUUUGUUUGUUUGUUU